CUCUAUGGUUCGGGGAUGGCUAGACGCGCCCAAUUCGGGUAUUUCUUUUUAAGGCGGCUCAAAAGAUGACCCGGAAACGGAAGUCGGAGAACGUUCUAGUAGCUUGAGGAGCGGCAGAGUGGCGCGAGGAGCCGUUACCAGAGCCGGAGCUACCGGUUAAGCCUGAUCAAGAUGACAACUUCCCAAAAGCACCGAGACUUCGUGGCAGAGCCCAUGGGGGAAAAGCCAGUGGGGAGCCUGGCCGGGAUUGGUGAUGCCCUGGGCAAGAGGCUGGAGGAAAGGGGCUUUGACAAGGCGUAUGUGGUCCUUGGCCAGUUUCUGGUGCUAAAGAAAGAUGAAGACCUCUUCCGAGAAUGGCUGAAAGACACAUGUGGUGCCAAUGCCAAGCAGUCCCGGGACUGCUUUGGGUGCCUUCGAGAAUGGUGUGAUGCUUUCUUGUAAUGUUCCCUGGGUGCCCCCUCAGCACCCCAGCCACAGCAUAGAAUCUCCAGAGUCUGCAGCCGGGUGGGGCUCCUCCCAGGCCUCCAUGAAGGAAAAGAACUGUUGUCACACUCACCUCCUAUGUACUCCAGGUCUCUGGGGAGUUCUCUCCCCUCAGCAUUUCAACCUUUUUGGAAUUCUUACCCUUGCAUGCCUUGCCCUCCCUCCUCCCCUUGCAGUUCCAUGGCAACAGUUAUACCAGCUCUCCUGAAUGGAUUUCUGGCCCCUUUCUCCCUCCCUUCACCAUCUGUUGGAUGCCCUUUGGCUCCCCCCAC